AUAAAGAUAUCAUCGCCCCAAAUGCAAUGAUAUUUCGAUGUAUUAAAGAUCUCCAUAUAUCUCGACGUGAUGUUUGGCUUAAGAAACGCAGACGUGAACGUGACCGAAGAUCCGAAGAAAAAAUGCGGGCCGUAGAACCAGCUGAACCAAGAUUAGAUGGUUAUGUUCCAUAUAGGAUGAAACCAUAA